ACGAAGGAAACGAUGGGAGCCUCUAAACUUGGCGAAGGUGCGGCGAUUUUUAGAGCAAGGAAGACUUGAUCAUCGGUACCCAAUUACACAGAGACAUCUUCAUGACUCGGGUUGUGUUCGUGUACGCAAUGGUGUCCAUCUAUUCAAUGUUGCUCGUCCUGGUUUAGAGGCGAUACAUUAUUUAGAGAAGAUGAGGGCUCGUGGUUGUUUAGUGUUUUAUCCUAAACCCCAAUGGUUAGAGAGGGAGGAGAAAACCCUAAAAAGAGAAUUAGAGGAAUUAUGGGCAGAAAGAGAUGCUGCUGAAGGCAAUAUUAGUGUUUCUCCUCCUCGUGCUGCGGACUUACAAGCCCUUGGGGUUUACCGAGCAAAAGGGUUUAAGGAUACAACUAGCCAAGACAAAGUCUCUAAGGAAUAA